AAAAUUAGGAGAAUAUGAUGAAAUGUAUCUUAAAGAAGGACUUGAUAAUGCAACUAAAUUCCUUAAAGAAUUUAAUAGAUUUGAAGUUAUUCCAAUGUUAGGAAAUCAUGAUGCACUUCCAGAAAAUUAUCAUGAUGAAAGUAAAAGUUCAUUGUUUAGAUAUGCAGCAAAGAAAUAUUCUAGAUGGCUUCCACAAAGUGCAUUAGAAACAUUUAAAAGAGGAGGAUAUUAUACAAAAGAAAUAAUUGGAACAGAAGAAGAAGAAAAAACAUAUGUAGUUGUAUUAAAUACAGUUUUAUAUUAUACAUUUAAUAAAUUAACAGAAAAUGAUACAGAUCCAAUUGAUCAAUUUAAAUGGUUUAAAGAAACAAUGGACAAAUAUAAAGAAGAAAAUAAAAAAGUAAUAAUUGCUGCACAUAUUUGUCCAGGAGUUUCAGAAAGAUAUAAUUGGUCAGAACAAAUGUAUAAUCAAUAUGAUGAUAAAUUAAUAGAUUUAAUAACAGAAUAUUCAGAUAUUACAAUUGGAAUGAUUUGUGGACAUUUACAUUUAGAUACAUAUAGAAUUAUGCAAAGUAAAGAUAAAAAGAAAACAGUUAUUGGUUUUCUUUCACCUAGUUUAGAUACUUAUCUUGGUAUUAAUCCAAGUAUUAGACUCUAUGAUAUUAAAGGUGGCGUUAUUCAAAGUUAUGUUAAUUAUUAUGUUGACUUAAAUAAAACUGAAGUUCAAUGGAAAUUUAAUUAUAAUGCAACUCAAGAAUAUAAUCUUAAAGAUUUAAGUCCAAAUAGUAUGAUUUCAUUAGCACAAAGAAUGCAUUCUAAUAGAACUCUACAUGAUAUUUGGUAUGAACAUAUGAGAGCUGAUUCUCACAUGUAUCAAUGUGAUGACAAAUGUUGGAAUAAUAAUUUAUGUGCUUUGGAACAUCCAAGAAACAGUGAAAAAGAUUGUUAUAAAUGGUAA